AGAAUCUUCCGUCGCUUCGGGCUCGGCACCAGGCCCCGUGGGAAAGGAAACCCGAGCCUUGCUGAGAACAUGAACGAUUGGAUGCCCAUCGCCAAGGAGUAUGACCCGCUUAAAGCUGGCAGCAUUGAUGGCACCGACGAGGACCCACAUGAUCGAGCUGUCUGGAGGGCGAUGCUGGCACGAUAUGCCCCCAACAAAGGCGUCACAGGAGACCCCCUCCUCACCCUGUUUGUGGCGAGACUAAACCUGCUGACCAAAGAGGAGAAGUUAAAGGAAGUGUUCUCCCGCUAUGGGGACAUCCGGCGGCUUCGGCUGGUGAGGGACUUGGUCACGGGCUUUUCGAAGGGCUACGCCUUCAUCGAAUACAAAGAGGAGCGUUCUCUGCUCAAAGCUUACCGGGACGCCGAUGGCCUGGUUAUUGACCAACAGGAGAUAUUUGUGGACUAUGAACUGGAAAGGACUCUCAAAGGGUGGAUUCCUCGGCGACUUGGAGGAGGCCUGGGGGGGAAAAAGGAAUCUGGGCAGCUGAGAUUUGGGGGGCGGGAUCGGCCUUUCCGAAAACCCAUUAAUCUGCCAGUUGUUAAAAACGACCAGUUUCGAGAGGGAGAGAGGGAGAGAAGGGAGCGAUCUCGAUCCCGAGAAAGACACUGGGACUCCAGGAUGAGGGAUCGGGACCAUGACAGGGGCCGCGAGAAGAGGUGGCAGGAAAAAGAAUCAACUAGGGUGUGGUCAGAAGGUGACUGGGACAGAGAGAGGGACUUCAGAGAUGACAGGGUCAAGGGGAGGGAGAAGGGGGACAGAAGUAAGUAGACUCCAUCCCCUGCCAAACCCAAACGGAGGUACCCGCCCAGUAAAAGUGCAGGGAGACCUGCACGGCUUGUAUGCAGAAUCCAAGUCCAGUGCUUGAAUAAAACUUACUGAUGAAAACA